AUGGGUAUCAAACAAUUGAUGUCCAUCAUCAAGGACGAAGCUCCUGAUGCAGUCAAGGAAGGAGAAAUCAAGAAUCAAUUUGGUAGAAAAGUUGCGAUUAAACUAACAUCUAUCAGAUCCAUGUCCAUCUAUAGUUUCCUCAUUGCCGUCCGCUCUGGAGGUGAGAUGCUCACAAACGAAGAUGGCGAAACUACCUCUCAUUUGAUGGGCAUGUUUUACCGCACUCUCCGUAUUGUCGACAAUGGUAUCAAACCGGUCUACGUAUUCGACGGUGCACCACCAAAACUCAAGUCCGGCGAAUUAGCAAAACGUUUCCAGCGCAAAGCAACUGCGACAGAAGGACUUGAAGAAGCAAAGGAAACUGGUACUGCAGAAGAUAUUGAGAAAUUUUCAAGGAGAACCGUUCGAGUUACCAGGGAACAUAAUGCAGAGUGUCAGAAAUUGUUGAAGUUGAUGGGUAUUCCAUAUAUUAUUGCGCCAACAGAAGCAGAGGCACAAUGUGCUGCGUUGGCUCGAGCAGGAAAGGUUUAUGCUGCGGCAAGUGAGGACAUGGAUACUUUGUGUUUCGAUUCUCCUAUUCUUCUUCGACAUCUCACAUUCAGUGAACAGCGCAAAGAACCUAUUCAAGAAGUUAGUUUGGAGAAAGUUCUCACAGGAUUAAAUAUGGAUCGCAAACAAUUUGUAGAUCUUUGCAUCCUCCUCGGCUGCGAUUACCUCGACCCUAUACCCAAAAUCGGUCCCCAUACCGCCCUCAAACUCAUUCGCGAACACGGCGAUCUCGAAACCCUAGUUGCAUGGAUCACUGCCGACAAGAAAGAACGUUAUGCCAUUCCCGAAGACUGGCCAUACCAAGACGCCCGCGAACUAUUCUUCAAACCCGACGUUCGCCCCGCCGACCACGAGGAUUGCGAUUUCAAAUGGGAAGCCCCCGACAUUGAAGGACUCGUCAAAUUCCUCGUUGUCGAAAAGGGGUUCUCGGAAGAUCGUGUUCGCAGCGCUGCUCAAAAACUCACCAAGAAUUUGAAAUCAUCACAACAAGCUAGACUGGAGGGAUUCUUCAAACCUAUCCCAAAGACAGACGAAGAGAGAGCCAAUCUGAAACGCAAAAAUGAUGAGAAGAACGAGGCAAAGAAGAAGAAGGUCAAGGACGAGAAGAAGGAAAAGGCAAAGGCUAAAGCAAAGCCUCGAGGAACUGCCUAA